AUGAUCAUGUGGAUUCAUAUCGAUAUCCAGAACCUAUACAACCUCGUUGAAGCGAGUAUCCGUCUUGUACUAAGUGUGCUGUCGGAUAUUGCUUCCAAAGCAUGCGGCAUCUACGAGAAGAAUAUUAGUCCCACUGAUUGGGACUUCAACCAGCUCACCAAGCUGCACUCAAGUGAUGAAAAUCACUGCACCAUUGAGUAUAGCCACGCACUGCGCCCUCUGAAGGAAUCACGCAGGCACAUCAAGUGCCAUGCUACCCAAGCAGGUACUGCAGAUGCUCAUCCCGCGAACAUGUUCAGGUUGAAGCUUAUUUGCAUUGGGAUGAAUACCAAGGAGUUUACACAGCUCGUUGCUACUCGUGAUCCUGAAUAA